UUAUGAAUCUGUGUUUGGUUGUCGCGAAGAAAUGACAAAACUGAAGAAAAUACAGGGGGUGCAUUGUUUGUGAGGCAAACUUGUUUUCUUUUGUAACAGCACAGACAAUACAAAAAGUUUUCACGUAUGUUUGGCAUUCGUUAGGUUAACGAGCUGUGACACUUGUCACUUGUAACACUGACUGUGUUUGUUAUGUUGGGGGGACACGAAACGUGCAGUAAAUAGCGCUAAUAUGGUUUAUUUACAGUUAUCGACCGUGACAGUCUCGUGAUUUCAGAGUAUGUCAACCGCCUUUAUGCUGCCACUUCUAAACCCUGAACAUGUUUUAAGAUCUUGUCGUCUUCAUGUUCUGGAUUGGUAGCUGAGCGUUGUAUUUGCACUUUGCGGCACACAUUGAAUGUACGAACAGUAACUGAGAGAUGCCUUGCACUUGCGGAAACUGGAGGCGGUGGAUCAGACCGCUGGUGGUCGUACUGUACAUACUGCUGUUGCUAGUGGUCUUGCCUUUUUGCGUCUGGGAGCUGCAGAAAUCGGAGGUUGGGACACACAAUAAAGCAUGGUUCAUUGCAGGGAUAUUUGUGUUUAUGACUAUACCUAUUUCUCUCUGGGGAAUCCUGCAGCAUCUUGUGCAUUAUACUCAACCUGAACUCCAGAAGCCAAUUAUCAGGAUAUUAUGGAUGGUGCCAAUAUACAGCUUAGACAGUUGGAUUGCUUUGAAGUACCCUAGCAUUGCAAUCUACGUUGACACAUGCAGAGAAUGUUAUGAAGCAUAUGUCAUUUAUAACUUCAUGAUUUUUCUGCUGAACUACCUGAGCAACCAGUAUCCUAGUCUUGUGCUGAUGCUGGAAGUCAAAGAGCAGCAAAGACAUCUACCUCCAUUAUGUUGCUGUCCACCCUGGCCUAUGGGAGAGGUUCUGUUAUUUAGGUGCAAGCUGGGGGUUUUACAGUACACAGUGGUGAGACCUUUUACCACAAUUAUAGCAUUAAUUUGUCAGCUGUGUGGUGUGUAUGAUGAAGGAAACUUCAGCUCAAAAAAUGCAUGGACCUUCCUGGUGAUCGUCAACAACGUCUCACAACUGUUUGCCAUGUAUUGCCUUGUGCUGUUCUAUAAGGCUUUGAGAGAGGAGCUCAACCCAAUCCGCCCUGUUGGGAAAUUCCUUUGUGUGAAACUGGUUGUGUUUGUGUCAUUCUGGCAAGCAGUGUUCAUCGCUUUUCUGGUUAAAGUAGGGGUCAUUUCUGAUUCUCACACUUGGGACUGGGACAGUGUGGAAGCUGUGGCCACAGGUUUACAGGACUUCAUCAUCUGUGUGGAGAUGUUUCUCGCUGCAAUUGCUCACCACUACAGCUUCACUUACAAGCCUUACAUCCAAGAGGCUGAGGAGGGCUCAUGCUUUGACUCCUUCCUUGCCAUGUGGGACAUCUCGGACAUCAGAGCUGACAUAUCGGAACAAGUGCGGAACGUUGGGAGAACUGUUCUAGGCCGUCCAAGAAAGAUGUACUUUGGGGAAGAACAGGAGCACAAUGAGCAUACCAGUCUCCUUGCUGGAGGAACACAGGAGGCAGUCAUGGAUACCUCCUCCAUGCCACCAUCACCCACAGGCCGCUAUCAGGGGUUUGGACAGACCACAGUGACACCCCACUCCUUAUCUGCGCCCGCAGGACUCAGCUCUGCCACACAGGUGGGGGACGAGGACUUCCCCAACUCCCUGGCUCAGGAUACAAAAGUACUUCCGAAUCCAGAUUAACCGCACAGUUCCAUUUCUGCAACAAUAUAUCCCUUCUUAAAAAUACAACUAAAAGUAAAAGGUUUUGCACAGAAGCGAGGUAUGCCGGUAUGCUUUACCCAUUUGUAAACAUGGGAAUUAACAUGGAAGUUGAUUUUCCAACAUCGCCAUAUGACCAAAAUCAAAAGGAAAAAAAGCACAUGGUUUUGUUUUUUGUAUAGUAGUGUUAGUGUAGAUAUUCCCGAUGAAGCGCUCAGCAACUGAUGUCAUCAUAAGAUGUUGGCCUCUGCAUUGUGAAUGUUAAAAUUGUUACUAGUGGUGUUUAAAUUGCAUAUCUAAGCAGGACCUGAAGCUUCUAUUGGUCUUGCUUUCUUUGGUUUAAUUGAUCUGCUGUUUUAACUGUUAAAUUAGCCCAGUUAUUAAAUUGUUGCUUCAUAAUGUGAGGACUUUGCAACUGUAGUCAAAGGAUCACUUCACACAUUUCAGAAUUUGAUUUGGUAACAGCAUCUGCGAGGCCAGCCUUUUUUUAUAAGAAAGCAGAAAAAAGCUCUUUUGUUUAGCAUAGGGGAAGAAUAUGAAUUUGAAAGAAGUGACUGAGCUAGAUACUUUUGACAAUAUUAAACUGCCCUUAAAUACCAUUAAAACCACAUUCCUAUGUGUAGUGUUAACCAAACAGUGAAUGGCUCUGGCCAUACAGGGCUGGUCACAUUGUAUAUCACUGACCUCGGUUCAGUUACAGCUCAGGUUGAAGAGGCCUUGUGCAGCCAGUUUAAAGUGUCAGUACUGAUUCUUAUAUGCAACAGGUUCCAUCACAGAAGCAUUCCCAUAACCAAACUAAAUCUAAACAAAACUGACAGACCUUACAUGAGUAGUGCUGGAAUUUAUAGAACCUUACUCUUCCUUUAGGUUUUCAUUCUGUUAGGGGUAUAAAUUGGAAAAUGACACUAAAAUAUGACAGAUUUGUAUUGCUGCUUCCUUAAGAGGAGACUAUGCCAAAUAUUAGUUAUUAAUACUGUUUACAGCUGUUAAUAGUACAUCUUAAAACUUCAUAAUCCAAAGUGUGAUUUAACAGCACUAAUGUUCCGACUUGUGACCCCUUUGCUUUCAUUACUUUUGUUUAGUUAAACUUUUAUUUUCAUACUUAAAGGAUUUUUUUCUUGAUACCCUUAUCUUUGAUUUAUGGGCCAGACAAAGAGGUUUCUUCAUGAUUUUUACAAGCUUGCCUGCUGGUCCCUGGAGUCAGUAUUGUGAUCUGCCAAUACUGGCAGACACAGAACACCUAUUAAAUCAGCUUGAUAAAGAAUACAGAUUACAAACCAAACUAAAGGGGUGCUCUUAACUUAGGGCCUGUUGAAACCACACAUUCUGUGAAAUUAAAUAUAUAUUUAACUGCAAAUCACCAUUAGUGAAGAAACAGAAAAUGAUACUCAAGUUCAUUUGAGUAUGGCAUAGCAUAAAAGAGUUAAACCACCAGACUGUAAUACAAAGAUAUGACUAAUACUGUAUAAUAGAUAUAGUAAAAACCUGUAUCUUAACAAAUUUGCAGGUAUGAGACCUACUGAAAAUAUUUAGUUUUGCACAGAUGCAAAAAAUACCAUUGUUGCUUUCAUUGUAAAACUUGGUUUAGCUUGGUUGACAUUGAAGCUAUAUAAUUCAAUUUAGCGUACAGGUAUCUUGUAUAUCAAUGCCUGUAUAAAGGGGAUGUAUGUCACUGUACAACACAAGAGCUUCAGCAGUGGUUGUGCAACUGUGCUGUUUUGCCUUACAUGCUGUACACCACAGCUCAUUAAACUGCAGAAUGCAAAGUGUCACUUGGACAGAUGUCUUUCAGUGUACAGUGUUGUGACUGUAGCAUAAAGGUCCUGUAUGACAAGUCUGGAUACCAUAAUGAUCUAAUGGCCUUUGGUGUAAAUAUUCCAUAAAAUAUUUUACUGAAUAAACAGUCUGAAUAUUCA